GUGGGAAACGUAAGCUGAGAACGCUUUCUCGACACGGGAUCGAUCGGUAGAGUCUCCGUUUAAACCGCGUUUCGCUAUUUUAUGACCCACAUGCGGACGGUGCUCGUCGGUCAGGGAGUCCAUGGGCCACACGUUAUUGGGCAUGGAUCCGUUUAACUCGUUUUAGGUGCUGUUACACUCGGUGACCCACGACUGUGAACCGAUUUUCGCAGCCUGACACUGGGCCCCAUGGAUGGACACCGGUGCGACGAUGAGAACGAGAAAGGAGUCAGUGUUGCGAAUUGUAACAAGGGCUCGUCGAGACGGGGCGCGGCGACAUCCUUUGGCUUUCGACGAAGGAUAGCCACCGGCAUCCCAAUGGCGAUAGCGAAUUACUCGACGGACACUAGUUUGCUUCAUCCACGCUCAAAAUCGGCCGGCCCGGAGCAGAGUCGUAGAUGCGACGAAGACACCGUAGGCACGGUUCGUAAUUUAUCAUCGGGCCGAUCAACACCUAGACUCGCACCACCUAAAAAAGACGCCAGCGGAGUUGCCGUGAGAACAAAUCGAUUCGGAUACAAGCAGCCGCAGGUGAAAUUCACGAACAAAGUUGGGGACGUCUGCAGUAGUCAUACCGUCAGUCACUAUAAUCAAGAGAAACUGCAACAACAUCAGCAAGAGAAUGUUCCGAAACAGACGCACAGGACAGCCAUGGUCUGCAAUAUGGUGCCAGCCUCGAAGGUCAGGUCUCCUGCGCACACCGUUACCGCAUACACCAAUGUCGGUAACUCUCAUACAGACGGGAAUCGAAAACCAUCGGGGAUUCCUGAGCCGAUUGGCAGGUACACACUGCAUACCAGUCAUUUGCCGCUACCUCAGUACGCUGUCAGAAUGACGAACGCGAACUCGAAGACCGCGAAAACUGCGGCGAAUCAGAGCAGAAAGGUUUCCGCGGCAUCGAAAAGUUCCGCGAGCUCUAAGGAAGGGUCCAGUACCGAGGACUCUGGUGUAGGAAGCCAGCAGGGUUGCAUGGUGGACGAUUCUUCCCGGGGUUUCGAUUACACGCACGGAUCUCCGAGCAGGAGACGAGGAAUAGGCAGACCUAGAAAUCUAAGGAUGGUUGUGAACGGGAAGAGCUUCGACGUCAGAGACGUCAGGGAUGAUGAUAGCACGGUCACUGAAAUAUCUGUUAUACCGUUACCGAAAACGUUCACCACCGCCAGCACCGGACUGGUGCGGGAACGGGCGACACAGUAUCAAAGAAUCAUGAACAAGGACAAUAGACAUACCGAGUCAACAACUUCUAUGUCUACCACAUCGUCGGAAGGAUACGACGAAGGUCUUGGCGAGGAGAAGGUUUACAAAGACAGAUCACGCACGGAGAAAAUUCCUUCUAUUAAAUCAGACUUCAGUCCACCUAGCUCGGAUGAUCCUGAAUACGGACACGGUGAAGCUAUGGCCGAUGAAUAUUCAUUGAGCUCGAACGACGAGUGCCAACGGUCCAGUUCUGCGCACCAUCUGCAAGUUACGUCGAACACAGCCAAGAACGGGACGCUACCAAAAGCUUCUUUGCGAUCGGUGUUGCUUACCAUCGAGGAUCCUGCAUUUGCAGCUGCUGCAGCAACAUCGACGACAUUGAUAGACGACGAGACCUCUCCCGUCGACAGUCUUUUCGACAGUCUGACAACCAGUAUUACUCAAUCAGACGUUAAAGUUCCUAGAAAGGAGCAUCCGAUGGAACAGUCUGGGAAUACUAUAGACGAUGAUAGUCCCGGGACACCUACCAACGCUUCGAAUUCGUUGAGUUUAUCAGAGGGUAGAGAGUACUUCGACGACGAGAUCGCCGAUCAACCUGGGCUUGUUUUCGAUGAGAACUCGAGGGCCGGAGCCGAGGCACAGUCCAUUGUGGCGAGCCAGCUUGUCACUGAGAAUAGUCACACUUUGGUUGAGUCUAGUCCUAAAGCAGCCGCAGGAUACAGUAAGAACGCGACAAAUAGCCCGCACCAUGGGAAACGAAUCAGUCGAGCAGGCAGCGUCGACACCUUGUCCCCUUGUGAAUCAAUCGCUUCCGAUGACUUGAUAUUGGAUUACGAACAGAGCGAUGCGAGUUCCUACGACGAGCAACAUCGGGUGGCUUCAACCGCGGCGUUGCAGGAUAUGGACGACGCCACCAUUCUCUCUGAAUUGGAAGCACAAGGUGAACAAGUGAUGAGACAGUGGAGCUCUCUGUUGGGUGCAUGCCAAACGCUGCAGCAAACUAAUAAUUCAAACACUGUUAAUAACAAUCUGAACGGUGAAUCGGCCAAUAACAAUAAUCAAGCAGCCAACGAAAUGGGGCACGAAUGUGAUAAAACGAAUAAGAUAUGGCGGAGUAGGUCUGUAACUGAUUCGCCACGUUUUGGAGACGGCACGCGAAACCGUCAGUUCUCGAGUCCUUUAAGAACGUCAAGAAACGUCCAGUCGCCAAUUAUCGACAAUAUAAAUGAGCCUGAUACUCGAAUCGAUGGAGAUAUGUAUACAGACAUGUUUCAAGACAUUGUUUCUAUAAAAACAAUGCUCCUGAAAUUGCGACGACUGCUUCAGGAGUCAGAAGAGAACGGUUUGACGAGGGUUGAAACUCUCACCCCAUUCGAUAAUAAUGUAAAGAAUGGUCUCUUCUACAAUCUGAAUGAAGGGAAUACAACGGAUGUUAGUACUUCCCCAGGAAGCGGAGACAGCAGUAUCGCGGACGAAUUGGCCGAUUUACGCAGGCAGGUUGUCUUCUUACAAGGCCAAGUGGAAGACAAAGACCGAACUAUACAAUUACUACAGUUUCAAAUGUCAAAGCUUCAAGGACCUAACAGCGUCAGAAGACAAAAUUGUACUUCCACGGACAAUUGUAAUGCUGCGACACAAACUGACAAGACACGCCCAGGGUCAGCAGGGUCACUCCUACAAACACUACCUAGGGACGGUGUUAUGGGGCCUCUAGUUAGCUUCAGGAUCGGGAAGCCAUGUACGCUGGAGUGACUCGUGGAACCGGUUGGACUGAUUUCUCAACAAUUGGAUUUGGACACCCGCAACUAGCAGGCGCUAUGAGUAGAAGACGCUAUUAAGGUGCCCAACUGAAAUCCACCAAUUACAACCUUAUAGGCAAUAGACGACUUUUUAGUAGCGACAAAACACAUUUACAUCAGGGAUACGUAAUAGCGGCUGUCAGUGUUACGCACACGACAUCCUGAGAUAAUCCCUACUCUCAUAUAACUAUUUACUCUUGCCGUUGCUCUCGGACAACAGAAGACGCUUGCUUGUCUCGCAAGGAGAGGGCCCCGACAUUGGAUCGCCGGUUU